UCUUCAUUCCGCCAUCAUGGCUCUCGUCGUCCCCGAGAAGUUCCAGCAUAUUUUGCGUUUGUUGAAUACUAACAUAGAUGGUAAAGAAAAAUGUUUGUUUGCCUUCACUGCGAUUAAGGGUGUUGGACGUCGUUAUGCCACCCUCGUUUGCCGCAAAGCUGAUGUUGACUUAAACAAACGUGCUGGUGAAUUGACUGAGGAUGAGGUUGAACGAAUUUCAACAAUCCUACAGAAUCCUCGACAGUACAAGAUCCCUGAUUGGUUCCUGAACAGAAAGAAGGAUAUUAAAGAUGGCAAAUAUAGUCAGGCAGUUUCCAAUAACCUGGAUAAUAAACUUCGUGAGGAUUUGGAAAGGUUAAAAAAGAUCCGUGCUCAUCGAGGUCUUCGUCACUACUGGGGUCUCCGAGUCCGAGGUCAACACACCAAGACAACUGGUCGCAAAGGUAGAACAGUUGGCGUUGCCAAGAAGAAGGGUUAAAAUUAAUGUUUAAAUCUAUGGAAUAAAAUUAAUAUUUAAACCCCA